GCCGGUCCGCGGGGGGGCGCUGCAGCGGCAGCGCGGGGUGAGAGGUCGGGACGAUGGCGGCGGCCUUGGGCGAGGAGGCGCCGGACAACCAGGACUACUAUGGGCUGCUCAACGUGCGCCGCGAGGCCUCGCAGGAGGAGCUGAAGGCCGCGUACCGCCGGCUGUGCAUGCUGUACCACCCCGACAAGCACCGCGACCCCGAGCUCAAAACACAGGCUGAGCAGCUCUUCAACCUUGUCCACCAAGCGUAUGAAGUGCUUAGUGAUCCACAGACCAGAGCCAUCUAUGACAUAUAUGGGAGGAGAGGACUGGAGAUGGAAGGCUGGGAGGUUGUGGAACGAAAGAGAACUGCAGCUGAAAUCAGGGAAGAAUUUGAGCGUUUGCAGAGAGAGAGGGAAGAGAGGAGACUGCAGCAGCGAACUAAUCCAAAGGGAACAAUUAGUGUGGGAAUAGAUGCCACCGACCUCUUUGAUCGUUAUGACGAGGAAUACGAAGAUGUGCCUGGGAGCAGCUUUCCCCAGAUUGAGAUAAACAAAAUGCACAUAUCCCAGUCCAUCGAGGCACCCCUGACUGCCACGGACACAGCAAUACUGUCUGGUAACCUUUCCACCCAGAAUGGGAAUGGAGGGGGAUCAAUUAACCUUGCUCUGAGACGAGUGACAUCUGCCAAGGGAUGGGGAGAGUUGGAGUUUGGAGCAGGAGACCUUCAUGGACCUCUCUUUGGGCUGAAGAUAUUCCGUAAUCUUACACCAAGAUGUUUCAUCACCACAAACUGUGCCCUGCAGUUCUCGUCCCGCGGGGUCCGCCCCGGCCUCACCACAGUCCUGGCCCGCAACCUCGACAAGAACACGAUGGGCUACUUGCAGUGGCGGUGGGGCAUCCAGUCAGCCAUGAACACCAGCAUUGUCCGGGACACCAAAACCAGCCACUUCACCCUGGCACUGCAGCUGGGAAUCCCCCAUUCUUUCAUGAUGGUCAGUUACCAGCAUAAGUUUCAGGAUGAGGAUCAAACACGAGUGAAAGGUUCUCUCAAGGCAGGUUUCUUUGGGACCGUAGUGGAAUAUGGAGCAGAGAGGAAGAUUUCCAGGCACAGCGUUUUAGGAGCCACUGUCAGUGUUGGUGUUCCCCAAGGAGUGUCCUUGAAAAUCAAGCUGAAUAGGGCUAGCCAGACCUACUUCUUCCCUGUCCACCUAACAGAUCAGCUGCUUCCCAGCGCCGUGUUCUAUGCCACCGUGGGACCUCUUGUCAUCUACUUUGCCAUGCACAGGCUGGUCAUCAAACCCUACCUCAGGGCACAGAAGGAGAGAGAGCUGGAGAAGCAGCGGGAGAACACAGCCAGUGACAUCCUGCAGAAGAAGCAGGAGGCUGAAGCUGCGGUCCGGUUGAUGCAGGAGUCUGUCCGAAGGAUAAUUGAAGCAGAGGAAGCCAGAAUGGGUCUGAUUAUCGUGAAUGCCUGGUACGGGAAGUUUGUUAAUGACAACAGCAGGAAGAAUGAGAAGGUGAAGGUAAUAGAUGUGACUGUGCCCCUGCAGUGCUUGGUGAAGGACUCUAAACUCAUCCUUACAGAGGCCUCCAAGGCUGGGCUGCCAGGCUUCUACGACCCCUGUGUGGGUGAGGAGAAGAGUUUGAAAGUGCUUUAUCAGUUCCGAGGAGUUCUGCACCAAGUGAUGUCAGCUGACAACGAGGCCCUUAGGAUACCAAAGCAAUCUCACAGGAUUGAUGCUGAUGGCUAAUCUGGGAGCUCGUGUCUGCCACGGGACCUGGGUCAAUGGAAACUGCACAACCUCCCCCGGACGCUGCAAGUUUGAACAGAGACACUUUUAUUUUUACUGUCCAUAUAGCAGGUGGUGUCCUGCCGAUUCUGUUAGGGACAAAAGGAGAGACCCUGCUGCUCCAGGCAGCUUCAAGGCAAUAUUGUGGCUUGGUACUCAAUAAAGCAGCGUGACUCUGA